AUGGAUAUGCUCGAACAGAGUCUGGACACCGCAAGCCAAGAAAAGCAAGAAGAAGAGGUUGUCCAGGCAUCUGAAGACGCAACAGGGGAAGAGCAGACGUCUGUAACAAUAGCCAGUGUUCAGCAGGCUGCAGCAUUCGGAGACCACAACAUCCAGUAUCAGUUUCGCACAGAGGGUGGGCAGGUCACGUACCGCGUUGUUCAGGUGACCGACCAGCACGUUGAUGGAAGAGAGGAUGCGGGAGGAGCAGUGAGCGUCGUUUCUACAGCUGCUUUUGCUGGGGCUCCUCAGGCUGUGGCUCAGGCUGUGAUCCAAAACCCUUUCAGUAAUGGAGGAAGCCCAGCAGGGGAGGCAGUGGGAGGGGAGACCCGCUUCGCUUACUUCCCCGCGACCGCGGUGAGCGACGGGACCGUGUCGGUGCAGGCGGCAGCGGACCCAACCCUCACGCAGGCAGGGGGUCAGUUUUAUGUGAUGAUGACACCGCCUGAUGUCAUUCAAACAGGUGCACAACGAACCAUCGCCCCGCGCACUCAGCCCUACCCUGCAGAUGAAAACGAGCUGCUGCAACAUGAAGGUUUAAACUGGAAAAUGGACGGACCCCGAACGCCACGAGAUGAAAGGAGACGAGCGCAACAUAAUGAAGUUGAAAGGCGACGAAGAGACAAAAUCAAUAACUGGAUCGUCACGCUUUCCAAGAUGAUACCUGACUGCACUAUGGACAGCACCAAGACCGGCGCAAGCAAAGGAGGCAUCCUCUCAAAAGCUUGUGACUACAUCCGUGAUCUGAGGCAAAGCAACCAGCGGCUGCAGGAGAGUCUGAAGGAAGUGGAGAGGAUACAAGUGGACAAUGAGCUGUGCAGGCAGCAGAUCGAGGAGCUGAAGAACGAGAACGCGUUGCUCCGAGCACAGCUCCAGCAGCACGGCAUCGAGAUGGUCGUGGAGACGCCGCCGCAAUAACGGGGAUGAAAGCGACACGGAGGAGCACCGACCACCUAAACGUGUCACUGAUGCUGUAGGGGAGGGGGGGUGGAAAAAAAGCAGACGAGAUGAUUGGGAAAAGACUUGUGGAGAAUCACUUUGUUUAGUGAUUGCCUCCUUCUCCAGCUUCCGGGUCACGAACCCAUCACCAGCCAUUUGUGGCUACACUUGACUGUUCCAGUCCUAUCGAGAUAACCGCCCGUCGCAGCUCAGUAGAAGUGUCCUCCAAGAAAACGUGUCCUCUCGCCUCUAUCGGAGUGCUGUACCAGCACUAGCUAUGAAACAGAACCUCUGCUGAACUUCUCCUGUGAUUAAUAUUUAUGUAGCCUCACUAGUGGACUAUGAGUUUGGUUAUCUAAGUUUGUUCCCUGUGAGUUUCUGUUUUCUCCCCAUUCUUAAUUUUGUCAUAGGUCUUGCUUUUAUCAUGUUUGUGUUUUUUGAGUUCUGUAUUAAUAAGUUGUUUUUAGCUCAUAUAAUUUAUUAGUCUGCUUGCUGACAGAAGACUUGACGGAGACCAGUUACGUCAAAACUCACUCACCGCCCCCCAGAGGAGAAGGCUGGAUUUUUUUAAAAGCGAGAAAACAUCAAAAGUUUGCAAAAAAACACAAUACUAGAGCCAAGAAUAACGUGACACACUUAUUUUACCUACAUCCAAAGACAAACGAGGAGCCGUGCGAGCCGACGCCGCCUCCGGGCAGAUUUAUGUAAAUACGACUUCUAAUGUUUUAAUACAGAUGUUACAGAAUGUUAGAGCGGAUUAUGUCUGGGAGUCAACAAUCAAUAACUCAUUAACUCCAUGCUGGUCCUUCGUCAUACUUAUUACCAUGAAGUGUGUGUGCAAUCUCUAAGCUUGAUUUGAGCUAAAAAAAAAGAAAAGAAAAUAUAAAAAAAAAAAAAGACCGGGGUAUACUUGAAAUGUUGGGCAUUUGCUUGAUUGAAGAAAGAAAAAAAAACAAAUCACCUGUAAAGUUCCGAUUGUUUAAAUGGUUUUUAAGUAAAAAGAGCAGAUCAUUUCCAACUGAGCACUUUGGACUGAUGGCUGGAGAACAGCACAGUACAAACUUUUUGCCAAACCUUGUUCAGGUACCGUUGGUUUAUCCUUUAUAUAUAUAUUUUUUUUCCUUUUAUUCACGGAUGAUUAAGCUUUGUCUCGAAACACCCUUUCCACUGUUUUGGUGUCGCAACUCUUCAGCUGGAGCUGGACGUGCAGGGAGGGAGGCACCCUGGAGAGCAGCACUCAAAGACUCUGCUUACUACAAAAUAAAGUGUACACGGAAAUCAUGUUACACUUUUUAGCCGAGCACAACUUGUUCCCCGGGAAAAGACCAGAACAAUUCAGAUGGAAGCUCCCGUUUUCUGAAUAAUAAGUAACUUUAACUGGGCGUACCAACCGUUCAAGUCAAUAUUAACAUUGUUGACAUUUUUUUUUCUAAAUGAAUAUACAUGAUGUUUUUUUUUUUUUUCCCUCAUCUUGCUUUUGGCAAUGGAAAUGAAAACGGAGGAACAAAGCUAAGAUUUGGAGCUGCUCAUUUAAGCACGAUUGCUUCUCCGUGUAUCAACAUCUCAGGAUCCAGCAAAGCAAAACCAACCCUGGAACCCCUGGCAAAAUCAGGCGGGCUAAAUAUCCAAGACUCCAUAAGUUAACAGCUUGUGCUUUGAAAGUGCUGCUCUGCUACAACUCCAUUCAGAGCUGACGGAAAGAGUGCAGGUGGCUCAUCUAUCAAAGGGGGCUCUCAGCCAAAGUUGAAUGAUAGAUGUGCAGUAGGAAUAUAUAUAUAUAUUUUUUUCUUUUCUUUUCAUUUUUUUUUUUUUUUUUACACCUCAGAGGAGAGCAGAAAAUGUAAAGAGCUACAUGUUUGCUUUGGAAGGCGGAUCUUCACAAAUGAAAGGUCAUUUGUGGGAUUCUUUUUUGAUUUUUAUUUGUUUUUCUUUGCUUUUUCUUUUUUCAAAUGGAAAGAGAAAGCAAGCAAGCUCCCUCUCUGUAGCAGCCUCACUGUUCUCAGGUUAGAGAAACCUUUUCUAAAUAAAAUGGUGAAAAAUAAAACUUUCACUUGCUGACA